AUGAAUCAGAAAAAAAGUGGUGAUAAUAAAAUAAUUAGACAACAAGGUAGUGCAAACUUUAAAAAGAAAAUCCCCUUCAAAGAAAACAUUUAUAACAACUCAAAUGAAAAAAAAUUUUUUAAGUUUAUGAGUGAUAUAAAUUAUAGUACAUACAAUAACUUGGAUGAUGUAAAUUUAGAAAAGACUUCAAGUAGUAGCAGGAAUAGUGCAUUUUAUAAUGCAAAUAAUGCCAGCAAAAAUAGAAAUCAUCUUUUUAGUACAAAACAAGGAAGUAAGGAAGAAGAUGACGAAGAGGAUGACGAAGAGGAUGACGAAGAGGAUGACGAAGAGGAUGACGAAGAUGACGAUGAUGAGGAAGAGGAUGAGGACGAGGAUGACGAAGAGGAUGAUGGCGAGAAUGAUGAUGAAGAUUAUGAGGAGGACGAGGAUGAUGAGGAAGAGGAUGACACAAACAGCAGCGAAAUAAGCAAUUUCUCCUUGAACAGGAAAAAAAAGAAAAAGACACAACUUAAGAACAGUAGUGGUAGCAUUAACAAUAACAUUAAAGAUAGCAAUAAGAAUAGCAGAAGCAAUAUAAAUAGCAAUAUAAAUAGCAAUAUAUAUGGCAAUAUAUAUAGCAAUAAAAAUAGCAUUAAAAACUGCAAUAAAAAUAGCAAUAAAAAUAGCAAUAAAAAUAGCAAUAGCAAUAGUAAUAACAAUAACAUUAGCAAUAGCAAUAGCAAUAACAUUAGCAAUAACAUUAGCAACAACAUUAGCAAUAACAAUAACAAUAACAUUAACAGUAGAAAUAACAAUAACAAUAACAUUAACAGUAGCAAUAACAUUAACAUUAACAGUAGCAAUAACAAUAACAAUAAUAUUAGCAAUAGAAAUAAAAGUAACAGCAGCAAUAACGUGAAUAGUAACGACGAAAAGAAAAAAAAGAGUUGUUUUUAUAAGGAAUCAAAAAAGUCAAAUAAGAGGAAUAAAGGAAAUUUAAAAAAUUAUAAUUCUGAUUAUUAUGAUAUUUAUUCUAACAUAUACUCUUACUAUGAUAUAUUUACCGAAGAUAAAAACGAAAAAAAAAAAUUGAAAUAUUUUAAUGAUGUAUUUUCAAAUUUUGAUAAAAAACUUGAAAAUAGUGAUAAUAAUUAUACACAAGAUAUGAAUAAAAAAUUGUCGGAAAAUUUUCUACAUAUGAAUUCAACUAGUAAAAAAAGUAAUAAUGUAGUUGACAAUUUUGCUAGUGAUGAAAUUAUUGGUACAAAUUUCAACGAUCAAGCAAGUACUGUAACAAGGAAUGUAUUUAGUAACCUUGAAAAGGUUAGAAGUAAUAUAGGAAUCGUAGGCAAUAAAAUCAUUAACAGUUUAACUAGGAACAACACCAAUAGUAAUAGCAAAAGUAGAAGCAUAAGUAACAGCAAAAGUAAUAACAAAAGUAACAGCAAAAGUUGUAACAUAAGUAACGGCAAUGAUAAUGAAAAAAAUAUUAGAAACAUGAAUGGAGGACUCUUAAAUGAGGAAAAGUUAAAAAAGAACGGUGCAAAGAAAACUCUGCGGAGCAAAUUUCCACUUAAUAACAACAAAAAAAAAGUGUUACAAAAUAAAAAAAAAAAAAAAAAAAAAAGUACUAGUGAAGAUAUAAGCAUGAAUGAUAAAGAGAAUAUAAACUUUGAUGAUGUAAAGAAAAAUAAUAAUGUAGACAUUACCAACAAUUCAGAAAAUGUUUGUACCAAUGAAUUUAUCGAUUUAAAGUGUAAUACAGGCAGUUGUAUUAGAGAAACAAAAAAGGAGUAUAAAGAUUUUACGGAUGACCAUCUUUUUAAAUCAAACAAAAGUAAAAUGAAAAAAAAAAAAAAAAAAGGUAUAAUUCCUGGCGAUAGCAGGGAUGACAGCGAAUUGAGUAGCGGUCAUAGUGCAUACGCAAAAUAUGCCUACACAGUUUGGCAGAAUAACAAAGAGGGAAACAUUAGUCAUAAUAAAAUUAGUGCCAGUAAUGGAAACGGUAAUGGAAGUAAUGAUAGAGAUGGUGCUAGAAGCGGUGCUACAAGCGGCGACAAAAAUGGUGAUAGUGGGAACAGUGCCAGCGCAAAGGCAAGGAGUGGGAGCAAUAUAAGCUUGGACAGCGCAUGUUCGUUCGAAUUAGAGUAUUACGUGGACAAAGAAAACCAGUUAGAGAAGAAAAAGAGCAGCGUAAAGUUUUUAAAAAAUCCUACAAAAAAGAGAAUGUAUAAAUUAAAAAAAAUUGUCGAAAUAUUAGAGUAUUCUAUAUAUAAUGAAGAAAAAAAAGGGUCACAGUUAGAAUCGAAAUUAUAUAACUAUGUAUUAUUAACGAGAGGAUUAAGAAAGGAAAUAACAUAUCUACAAGAGCUAAAUAGUAGCAAUAAAAGCAAAAUGGCUUCAUACGAAAAAGAUAUAUCAAAGCUUAAGGAACAGAAUGAAGAAAUGAAAUUAACUUUAUCCACAUUUGAAAAUGAAUUAAGCAAUUUAAUUAACAAAUUUGAUAGAAAUUUUGCUAAAGAGCUUAUUGACACCAAGUCACAAAACGAUCUGCUUAAAAAAGAAGUCGAAAGAUUGAAAAUGGAAAUUGAGAAAAAAAAUUAUGAAAUAAAAAAAAUUGAAAAUCUCAAUGAUAUGUCGAAGAAGUGUACCGCUGAUAACGCGGCUGGUGCUGAUGGUAUGGCUAAUCCAGGGUACAUCGACGGAAAUACAACAAACAUAGGCAAUUGUCUAUACAGCAGUGGAAAUAGUGGACCUGUGGGUGAACGUAUCGAACACCCCACUGUUGAUCAGAGGAGAAUGAACGGUAUUGGCACCAAUGUACAUAAUAAUUUUCAAGGAGAAGCUGGGACAGAUAAUGUAAAAAAGGCCUAUGAAGAAGUAAGCAGUAAUAAUAAUGAAAAGAGCAAAGAAGUAGUAACGAUGUAUGAAUUUCCUUUCUAUUAUGGUAAUAGCGAUAUAAUUGAUAACAAUAUUAUAGAUGAUUUUAUUUUAAAAAUGAAAACAAUUAGGAUUUCUUAUGAAAAGAGUACAGAAAAAUAUGAUGAUGAAACUAAAACAACAAUAUAUGGAUGUUAUAUAUCCAAUUUUAUAUUACAAUAUAAAGAUAUUUGUAAUCAUCGAAAAAUUAUAAAGCAUUUGCAAGAAUAUUGUAUUAUAGAAGCGAAAAUUCUAAGUAUACAUUUGUGUUUGAAAAAAGAAAGAAAUGAAAACAAAUCAUAUAAAGAUUUAGAAAGAGAGGUUAUAAAACAUUUGGAAAAUACGGAUUUAGAUAAAAAUAAAGAAAAAGUUGCUAUGAUUAAUUCUAUUAUUUUAAUUCUUAUUUUUAAAAAUAUGCAUAUUUUUAAUUUAUAUAAAAUAUUUAUGACUUGCUUAAAAUGUGAUAAUUUUAGGUGGAUUAGAAUUAUAAAGAAAGCACUAUUUCUUAAAUUCUUUGAUAUGUGCUUGAUUGAUACGAACAUUAGGCUGAAUGAUGUACCGAAUAUAAAGGGAGCAAGACUAAUUCAUGCCCUCGCAGUUGUUGGGAGUGAGAGUGGACGCGGCAAUGUCAACAGUGAUACUCCUGUUAGCAUCGAUUUGAUCCAUUAUAACAUCAAACAUCCCAUGUUUUACUGCUCCAAUGAAACGCUAAAAAGAUUUAUGUUAACGAUGUUUCUAAAUUUCUCAUGCGAGCCUAUUAAUCCACAAACUAAUGAUAAUAUAUAUCACUACGUUUUACAGAAAAAAAAUUAUGACUUAAUAAAAUUAUUGAAGUUAUCAGGAAAAAAUUACUAUUAUAUAUUUGAUAAAAAUAUAGAAAAUAAAACACCAUUAGAUUAUGUAGAAAAUGAAGAAAUAAAAAUUGAUUUAAUAUCCAAUUAUAUUUUAGACAUAGCUGGAAAAGGUGCAGAGAAUUACAAAAAUGGUAAUUACGAAAAAGCAUAUGAAUUAUAUACCGAUGCAUUAGAAAAACAAAUAAAAUUAUCAGAGUCAGUACGAAUGGGAAAAUCAAUGAAUGAAAAUAUUGGAAAACUAUAUUAUAAUAGAGCAAGAACAUUAAUGCAUUUAAAUAAAUGGAUUGAUGUAAUAGAAAAUUGUAAUAAUUGUCUAAACUAUAUACCAAAAUAUGUCAACGCAUAUGAUACUCAAAUACAUGCAUAUGAAAAUUUAUUAGAAUAUGAUAAUGCCCUACUUACUUAUAAAAAUAUGUGCUUGAAAUGUAAUAUUAAACCUGAUGAUAAAGAAGAAAAAUUAAAAUCACAAAUAAAUGCUACAUCAUUUCAAAUACUGAAUAUUAAUAAAAAUUGUACUGUUGCAGAAAUUAAGCAAGCCUUUUCUAACCUUUCCAAAAAAUGGCAUCCAGAUAAACUAGGUAUUAAUAUAAGUGCUGAUAUUAAAAAAAGGCACAAUAAUCAUUUUAAAAAAUUGUUCAAAGCUAAGCAGUUGUUACUAAAUGAUGUAGAACGACUUAGGGAGAAGAAGAAAAAGGAAACUAAUUAUGUGUAUCCGCAAAUUAUUGAAGAUGUAAGCGCCAUGAACAACAGGAAUGGGAGCGCAGCCGUAAACAGAAGCACAAACCGAGCUGGAUGCACAAACCAGAAUGGAAGUAACAAUAGAGAGAGCUACAUCAGUAGCGAAGCGGCAUUCAACCAGCAAAAGGAUAUAAAUAGGCAAGAGAAAAAAGGAGAUAUUCAUGAAAAUUCCUUCAGCAGUAACAAUAAUGGCAUAUUCGGGAGCGCUAACAUACCGUCAAAUUUUGUGAAGGUGAAUGAAAGUUAUCACAGCAGCACGAACAAGGACUUCCCUGGGUGCGUAGGGAGUAGUAGCCACAACAAUAAGUCCAACAGUGGAGGCAACGAUGUAGACAACAACCACGGUAUUAGUUACAGUCAUAGUCACAGCCUUAGCCACAGUAAUAAUAACAUUAACAUUAACUCAUUUGGUGAGUGCAAAGACGGUAUGAAUCCAUCGAAAGAUAAAGUGAGGAACCCCAACAAAGGGUUGAAUAGUUGCAGUGAUACGGACUGUAACAAAAAAAAUAAUGUGAACCCAUUUGUAAACAUGUUUGAUGGAAAACAUUCGAAUCUGAAUAAUGAAAAAGUAGAUGAAAAUUUUUAUAAAAAGUUAAAGGAAGAAUAUGCAGGACUAAAUGAUGAUGAAUUAAAUAAUUUUAAAACGAAAAUUUCAAACUCGAUAAAUAACCUUAUACAAACAGAAGUAAACUUAAAGAGAGAAUACCAAGAAUUAUGUGUUAAGGAAAAAACAAAUGUUAUCAUGAACACGCGGUUGUGUGUACUGCAGGAGAUACAGAAGGCUUUGUGUGUGCGCCUUGAUAAAGAAAGAAAAUUAAAAGUUAUUGAAAAUAUUCUUAAAAACAGGAGCGAUGAAAAAUUGGUACAUACAAACAAGGGGGACAGUGGCACCGGAGGUGGUAGCGGUGAGGAUAAUGGAAUCGAUAAUAUAGACAAAGAUACCUUACCAAAGAGCUCAAAUGAAGAAGAGGAUACAGAUGGAAGGAAAAAUGAUGCCUUAAAAAAGAGCAAAGAUCAGAACAAUAAUGAAGAGGGUAAUGGGAAAAAGGUGUUUAAAGGGAUGAAGGAUAAUUCAUGUGAAGAUGUGAAAAACGUGGAAGUAGAAAAAAUUGCACAAAAGGAGAAAAAUGUGGAAAUGGAGAAAAACGGGGAAAGAAGAGAAGGAAGUGUUGGCAAGAUUCACAUAGAGGAACAGCCAAAUGAAACAAAAAAAAAGAAAAAUUACGAGAAGCUUUACCAUGUAGAUAAAAAGAGACAUGCUGAGGAUAUCCAUGUGGAAGAAACAGAUGUGAAAAAUUACCCAGAUCAGAAGGAAUAUGACGAACAUAAUAGCAGAAGAAGAAAUGAACAUAAGGUGGAAUACGAAAAGACGUUUCAAGAAAUGCUGAAAGAGAGCAAUUUUUUAGAAAAAAAAAUGAAUGAUGGUAGUAGUAAUGGUAGUAGUAAUGGUAGUAAUAAUAGUAGUACUACUAGUGCAAAGGAGUAUUAUUAUUACAAAGGUGAAAAUGAAAAUAAUGAGGAAAAGAAAAAAACUAAAUGUAGAGAACCAUUGGAUGCAGGAAUUAAUAAGAAAAAAAUAGGUAACAGUAUGGAACGUACGGGAAGCAGUAGAGAGGGCAAGAUUAGGAAAGCGAGAAAAGCCAAAGAUGGAAAAGAAAGCAGAGACAGCAGAAACAGCAGAGACAGCAGAAACAGGAGAAACAGCAGAAACAGCAGAAACAGCAGAAACAGUAGAAACAGCAGAGAUAUCAAGGGAGACGACAAUUUCGAAGGCAACAGAGAGUUCAAAGGUGGAAAACAAAGCGGAAAGGAGUGGGAAGAAGAGCACAAAGUGAAUGAAUCAAAUAAGAAAAAAAUGGAUAAGUUCAAAAUGACCGAUGACGAUAAUUUUAUGUUUAUGGAUGAUAAAAAUAGCGUGUACCACGGGAAUAAAGAGACCAACAUAAUGUUCGAAGGGAAUGAAAAGGAUAACAAUGUUUUUGAAAAUAUUACAACAAAAAAAAACUCCAACCAGUCAUUCAGAUAUUCAAACCUUCCCAUGGAAAAUAUGAGAAUAAAUGAUUACGAAAAAAGCACGAACAAUAAUAUUUCAGGAGAUAACUUUUUAUUUAUAAAUAAAAGUAGUAGAAAAGAUUACAUUCAGGUGAACAUUUCGAGCAAUGUGAACAAUGCGAAGAAUGAUGAAUCCCUAUUUUUUCAAGAAAAUCGAAAUGAUAAUAAUUUUUCGAAAAAGGAAACUAUUAUGUCUAAUAGUCAAAAUUUUGAACAGCAUCAUCACAAUGGAAUGUCCUCAAGUAACUCGAACUACGACGCAAAUGGGAGUAACACAAACGAACUUAAAGCAACUAAUGACGCUACGCAGGGUACCACAAAAAGAGGAGAUGCACACACGCGUUUAAGACAGGAGGAAGAUAAUUAUGAAAAUUACGAAAAUGGUGAAAAUCGUCAAAAUUGUGAAAAUCGUCAAAAUUGUGAAAAUCGUCAAAAUUGUGAAAAUCAUCAAAAUUGUGAAAAUCAUCAAAAUUAUGAAAAUUAUCAAAAUUAUGAAAAUCAUCAAAAUGGUGAAAAUCAUCAAAAUGGUGAAAAUCAUCAAAAUUGUGAAAAGUACGAAAAAAAUAUUCAAAGCGAAGAUGAUGCAAAUAAUAAUAUGGGCAAUGUGAAUUUUAUUAAUGAAGAGUCCUUUUAUGGAAAAGUUUUUAACAAUGUUGACAAAGCUACAUUUUCAGUUGAACAGGAAGAUGACUACCCGUACCGUAAGAAAAAAAUGAACGACAGUAGUGACACUGGUAAUGUUAACUUUAUUACAGGUAGUAAUAAUGCUAACAAUAUGGGAAAUAAGAAUAAUAAUAUAAUUAUAGGCAAUGAUACAAAUAACACAAACAGUAGUAAUUCCAUAACUAACAUGAUGAACGCGAAAGAUUCCGUGAAUAACCUGAUGAACUCCAGUAAUUCCAUGACGAAUAUUAUGAAUGCCAAUAAUUCCAUGAAUGACUUGAUAAAUGGGGAAAACCACGUUAAUCUUUUCAGAGUUGACCUAUCCAGCGAUAAUAAUAGUGUCGACGAUUAUUUUGAAAACAAUUCUUAUGCUACACUGAACUCGCGCAAUAUACAUUUUUUAGAUAAAAAAAAUCAUCCUUUUAAAAUUAGCGAAAAUAAUGAAGAAGAGGAAUAUAUGAAUGAUAAUAACGGGGCUUGCCUAAUAAAUUAUAGUAGUGGUGGUAGUGCAGCUAAAAAGGAAAACAAGGUAACUUCUUCAUUAUUUCGUGGAAGUAAUAACAGUUUUACCAACAAAAAUGUAGACAUAAGCAUGGGAGGACGAGGAUACAAGAACAUUACCUUUAACAACGUUGGAAGUAACAAUUCAGCCAAUUUGAAUUCCAUAUAUAAGGAAAAAAAUUUUCAAAGAGAUCUAAUAUAUUCCAAUGAUAAUUUUAACAGAGAGAAAAAAAUUAACACUAUGAAAGGCUCAAAUAAUAAAUACACAAGCGAUAAUGAAGGAGGAGUAAAGGGAGAAAUUUUUUACAACUUGUACAACGACAGUGGCAGCAGCAACUACAGCAAUCGUAACAGUAACAAUAAAAAAAGCAGAACGAGCAACAAUCAAAUGAGCAACGAUCGAAUGAGCAACGAUCGAAUGAGCAACGAUCGAAUGAACAACGAUCGAAUGAACAACGAUCGAAUGAACAACGAUCGAAUGAGCAACGAUCGAAUGAACAAUUUUGAAUCAUCCUUUUUCAAUAAGAACUCCGCUCCUUAUGAUUCCGUUUCAAACAUUAGAAGCAGCUUUGAUAAAAAUUCCUACCCAAAAAAGGAUGACGAUAACGCUGAUUCUUUUUUAAAUUAUAAUAAUGAGUUUGAUGAUAAUUUUAAAAAUAAAGUAACUAAUAAUAUAUUUUUUAAUUCACUUAAUAAUCAGCAUUACAUGGACGACAAUGAUGUGGAUAAUGAUUAUUUGGACAAUACUGCUGAAAAAGAUGUUGACGUGGAUGCUCACGUCAGAGAACACGUUAAUGAUGAUGUCGAUACUGCCUUCCAUAUCGAUGAUGUUAAAGGAAAUUGUAAUCAAAAUUCCCUUACUAGAGACAUAAAAGGAAGCAAAAAUUACCAGUAUGAAAAGAAUAAUGAUGCAUAUAAUAAUGAAAUAUUAGAUAAUAAAACUGAUAAUUUAAUGUACGAUGAAACGGACUUUUUAAAUAGUAAUUCCAAUUUGUACAAUAACCUGAACAGGUCAUAUAAUUAUGAGAAUUCAAAACUUAGAAGUUCAAUGAUGUUUCUAAAUGAAAAUGUAGAGAAAAACCAAAACAUAAUGAGAAUAUUUUCCAAUGAUUUAAAUUCUAUAUCUUUAGAAAAAGAACAAGAUGAAAAAAAUAAAUUUACAUUUAUUGAUAAUUUAGAAAAACUAAAAUAUAAAAAUUUUAAAGAAAAAAUCACAACUGAUGAAAAUAAUUUAACCAAGCCAAAGAAAUCAUCUUUUGAUAAAAUAAAUACAAAAGCCAAUGGAGACAAAUCUAAAUCAAGCGACCCCAAUCAAAGUUCCUUUCCAAAAAAAAAUGGUAGUAGUGAUGAUAAGCAAAAGGACCUUGAUCAAAAUAAGAAGAGUAAACUUAAAGCCAAGGAUAACAACAAGCCCACAGAAUGA